AUGGACACUACUGCUGAUCCAGUCGACUGCGAUUCUCGGAUGAGAGAAAGGCCGCCCCGCACGACCAAGUACGACGAGGUGAAGCCGCGGAAACGUCGAGGCGGUCCUGACUCGCAACAUCAUGCCUCUAAGAGAACCAAGACUCAGAGCCAAGAGGCUCCGAAGUUGCAUCUUGUCGAGCGAGAGAUGCGGCAGCGAGACCCUCAUCUGUUGAAGCUCCACUUGUCGACUGUGAGGCAGAUCGUGACAGAGUUUGAUUACGAGCUGAGCGCAGCUGGCUCGAUUGGCCCCGUCGAUUUCGCCGGUAUCGCUGGAAGACUUGCUGGUGCAACAGGCGUGUGUUUGUCUCCAGAAGAUGUGCAACUUGUCGUAUCUGACUUCUCACCGCACCAUUAUCGUGCCUCGCUCGGACUGGUCGUGAUGGAAAGACCAACGCAAAGAAGGGGUCAGCAGUUGGGGUUCCAUGGCUCGGUUCUGAGUAAUAAUGGUCAUGUGAUUGCCUGUGCUCAAGCCGCUGGGUCGCGGCUGCGAGAAGUAUGGAAGCAGCAUCGACCUAUGGCGUCUACCUCGGCUCCUAUUCCCGCCCAUGAGGAACGGGCAGAUGUUCGUCGAAGGGUUCAAGAUGCUAUGAGACUACUCAAUCAAAAGAAUCCCAUCGCAGGGCCGUCCAUGAAGUCAGCAACACUGGAAGCGGUUGCCACUCCGGUGUCGAGUUUCUCAAGUCCCCAAGGGCCGAUCGCCUCCCCAACAAGUGAAUUGCCAUUCAAAUAUGCUGGCCACAUGCCCAUCCUCAAAUCGGCUACGUUGCGAGUUGUCCCCCCGAGACCUGAUUCUACGUUGGCUAGGAAACCAAGGGCGAAACCAAAGCCUAAGGCGAAGGCUCGACUGGCGUUUCCUAGUCCUAACCCUAGUCUGGUCGACAUCCAGAGAUAUCGUGCUCUGCAGUACUACCAGUCCGAAUGGCUCCGACUCGGGCAAAUGGCAGUAGCCAAUAGUAUGGCGGCCCGGUCAGCCGAGAUGGGUGCCACAGCGGAGACCUUUACUUUCGCCGCGAGGAGACUUUUGAACGCGGCUGAUGCUGACGAUACGGAUCUUAUAGAGGGCUUGAGGAAAGUUAAUGAGAAGAACUCACAGCGGGACUGCCCUUCAGAAGAGCUACCAUUCCUCGGAUUCGGAGCGCUAGAUAUGGUCGAUGAGUCCUGUACGUCUGCUGCGGGCGACCAAAGUAAUUGA